AUGACCGUGACCUAUGCCUUUUCCACGCAUUCGUCAAGCCUAGUUGGCUCUACCUAUUCUUCUCCCGAGGUUGGACUGGUAGUGGCGGAAUGGUUCAAAUACCUCUUGGAACGAGCCAACAGGGCUUUUGAAACACAGCUAACACGGAAUGAAGAGAGCCAAAUGCAAGUUGUUGCGAGAGAUGACCGGCGGCCUCCCAUACACAUACUGGCUAUUACCGAAGAAAGAAAAGUUGACACCCGUACCUCCGCUCCCCGUUGCCCUAGGUAUGAGCGAGAGCGUGAUGAGCUCCAACAGCAGCUACACGACAUCCAUGUCCGCACCAUCAAUCCACCCGUGGACCAUGAUGGCGGUAAAGCAACCGCAGCUCUCCUGAUGGUGCGAGAGUGGCAACCGGAUGUGACCAGACUUGCUCAGAUGUUUGACGCCUACCUCGGAACCACAGUCUGCACAUUGGUGCACCCCUGUGGCCAAUGCGGUAUCAGAGACGGCGUUUAUAUUCGCAGCGUUUGCUUUAGCCCUAAUGGCCAGUACCCGGCAACUGGGUGCGAAGACAAGAAGAUCGGGAUCUGGAAGUUGCAAACGCGAGGGAUAUAUCUCUCCUUUACUUAUCACACAGACCAAUUCUACUCUCUGACUUUCGCGCCUGACAGUCGACUCCUAGGGUCUGGAAGCAGCGUUGCCAAGGUCUACCGUCAGCCCAGCUUCUGGCUCGUCGUGUCUUUGUGA